AUGACCUCCUUCGAUCUCCAGGAGGAAGUCCGUCGCCUCCAGGAGGAGGGCGUGGAUAACUAUUCUGCCACCCACCUAGCCAUUCCCGGCUUCUGUGUCUCCGACGACCACAGCCUCGAGGCCCGCCUCAAUGAGCUCGUUGACGUCCUCGAGUCGGAUCCCUGCACCCUCAAUGACCACAGCCAAUACUGCCUGCUGGCCGUCGUUGUCAAGAACCUGGCCGAACUUCGCUCCGAACGGCAGCACCAGGUGUUCGGGAUCCUGACUUCGGGCAUCCGCAAGGGCACCGAUGCCGCCAAGUACCAGCUUGCCCUGUCCAAUCAAACUGCCGGCGAAGCGACUGAUGCCUACACAGAGCUCCUGGAACGUCUGCUCUUUCUGGCCCAGUGGGCCAUCCGCCUGGUCGAGAACAAUUACUCCCCAGGCGGCGGCACAGGCGCCGGGCCUACCACCGGGGCCGGGUCGGCCGCAACCGGGGGCUCGCGCGCCGGCGCCCGGCCCCGGGGAUCUGGCUCUCGGGCCCAGUCGCGGGCGUCUGGCACCGGGGCCGGGCCCGGGGGUGACCUAACCGGCGCCGAGGCGGCCUGCUUCGCCGAGAUCACCCGCAUGAUGGGCCUCAUCCCCCUGGAGCGCCUUUGGCCGAUGCCCCCUCGGCGACGCCUCAUUGUCGACCUCCUGACAGCCCCAAUCUACUCGCUGUUCGCCCGGCCAACGGCUCUGCAGCACAAGAGCCUGCGCGGCGCCAUGUUCCUGGUUCUGGCCGAGUGCAUCAUCCGCUACAAUCACAACUCCAUGGCCGUCUCCUCGAUCAUCCAGCUGCUGACGUACUUCUCUCACACGUCCGAGCCAUUGGCCCAGCUCGUGGCCACUCUCGUGGAGAAGGGCAAAUGGCACAAUACUCUCAACGAUAUUCUCUUGGAAAUCUGCCGGCUGAAUUUCACCGCGACUCAGGAGAAUGUCAAGCACUUUGCUGUCUUCCUCACAUCACUGGUGGAGUUCGCUCCGCAUGCGGUUGCCCCACGCCUGCCCUACCUGAUUAGCCAGCAGAUGGACUCGCCUGCGUACCAAAUGCGUCAGGCCAUGGCCGAGGUUAUCGGCUGUGUCACCGAGUACCUGUUGAACAAUCCCCCCCCGGGAUACGACCCCAGCAACGAGCAGGGCGAGGCCACCGGCUCGGCGCCCUGCGAGCUGUCGGCCACCGAGCAGCUGGUCGAUGAGCAGCCGGCCGACGAGGCGAGUGCCCCGUCGGCACCGGACUCGGCCGCUGAGGAGGGCACUGGCGAGACUGCCUUGGCUGCAUCGUCCCCGCCGGGAGGCGACAUCGCGGAUCUGAUUGUCGAUGAGACUGCCGAAGAGGCGGCCACCCCUGGCGAGGCGGGUGACGGCGAAUCCCCCGAGGGCCCCGCGGCCGGCACCAUCUCGCCGGCUCUGGCUCUGACCCGAUACCAGCGCGAUCUGGAGGACUUCCUGCACAUCAUCGAGCAGCGCUUCAUGGACACCAGUUCCUUCGUUCGGUCACGCAUUGUCCUGUGGGCCGGGCGGCUGAUGGGCAAUCGCCGGCUGCCGCCGACGCAGCGGGCUCGCUUCGCCGAGGCUGUCUACAGCCGGCUGAUGGAUCGGUCGAGCAUCACCCGGCGGUCUGGCCUGCAGACCCUAUGCCGGCUCUUGGCGCAGGUGAAUGGUCCGGCCGAUGUGGCGGUAGUGGCGCGCCAUGGCCCGCUGUCGCCGGCUCUGGCCCGCAGCCUUGAGCGCAUUGACCAGGUGUUUACCGAUGCCGUGGAGCAUGCGGUCCUGAUGCUCAACUCGUCCUUCAAGACCGAUGUCAUCGAGGCCAUUUCGCUCAUUGUGGCGGCCUGGGAGCAUGGGGUGUCGGCCUCGCGCGCGGCCGCCCGCAGCAUGGUGCACCUGGUGUGGGCCCGCCACAUUGACCACUCUCCGGCGCCAACCGGGUCGGCGGAUGCCGAAGAGUCGGCCGGGGGGUCUGGAUCCUCGGCCUCCGGCAAAUCGGUCAAGGAUCACCUGGUGGAUGCCUACCUGAAGUUGUACUUCUCCCCGUCGCGGGCCCUCGCUCCGCUGGAGUCCGCGGCGCAUGUUGUCCGUGGUCUUUUUGGCUUGGUCAAUGAAAUGACCUCGGCCGAACUGUCCUCCCUGGAGGAGCUCUUUGUGCUGAUCAACGAGCGCAAUGUGUCGGCUCGCACGCAGAUCCUCCCACGCGACAUGGAGCGUGUUCUUUGGACGUAUUUCACAUCGUCGCUGCCGGAUGCCGGGCCAAAUGCGCCGGAUGUCAACCUCCCGGAGUUCCGCCGUUGCUCCAUCAUCAUCCUCAGCAUGCUGGCCCACACCCCAUCCCAGGCGGCGGAUAUGUUCCUCCCUCGACUGGAGGCCAUCAGCCAGGUGGGCCUGGCUGCUGGCCGGCCCGAGUCGAUGACCACCACCCCCGCCACUGGCACCGGCAUCCUCCCUGAGGAUGGCGGGGCUCCCCCGAUGCCGGGCCCGACUUUGGCGGUGGCCGAUCCGCUCUUGGCGCGGUACUCCUGCAUUGCCUUGCAGAAGCUCAACCCCAGGCUUACCUCUUCCAAGCGGCAAAUGAUUUCGGCCAUGGCAGCCGCCGCCUCCUCCUCCUCGGCGGCAUCCGGGGCGUCUGGUGCUUCUAAACGCCGGCGGAAUGCCUCCAAUCAAGCCCCGAUGAACUUGGGCUUUUCGCGUUUCGCUCCGGACCACUUCCUGGCGCCGCGCCUGGCCGAGAUCAUCUACGACUUCUCGACCCCGAUCAACAACUGGAUGGUUGUGGUCGAACAGGCGAUUGGCUGCGUCUACCAGCUCUUCGAGCAUCCCGACAUUAUCAUGGGCCAACUGAUCAAGAUGAUGACGAGCGCGGUGUUUGUUCUCUCCGACCGGCCUGGGUCGGCCUCGGCCUCGGCCCCGGCCUCGGCCUCGGCUGAGGCACACCUCACCGACGAGCGGGCAGCUCCGAGCACGGACUUCACGAAUCUUUCGGAGGACUCGCUCAGCCGCCUGCUCUUUGUGGUUGGCCAUGUCGCGCUCAAGCAGAUCACUCACUUGGAGACGAUCGAUCGGAAUUGGAAGCGCGCACACUCCGCUGCCAAGGACCGAGCCAAGAAGAUCGGCCAGGAUGCCAAGCUUCACGAUGAGAAGGAGCGCAAGAAGCGCCAGCGUCAGUCCAAGGGGGAUCUCCAGCCGCCCGGCACGCCCGGGGCUCUGCUCAGCUCCAGCGGCAAUGACGGGGCCCGUGACUCGCCGGCGGUCGCGGCUCAGAAGGCUCGCCAGCGCCUGUCUGUCCGGCAGUCGAUGCGCAAGUCCGAGGGGCCGGCUGCCGGGAUCGAGGAUGACCUGGAACAGGUUUCCUCGACCGGCAAUGCUGAGGAUGACUUUGCCGACACCCUGUUGAUUGUCCGCGAGGAUGAGCUGCUCACCGGGCCGCGCUCGCUGCUGAGCGUCUUCGGGCCGAUUAUCGUGCAGAUCUGCCAGCAGAACCGCACCUUUGAUGACGAGGUUCUCCAGCAGACAGCUGUCUUGGCGCUCUGCAAGUUCAUGUGUGUUUCGAGCGACUUCUGCGCCUCGAACCUUCAGCUGCUUUUCACCAUCCUGGAGAAGUCCCCGGACGAGAUCAUCCGGAGCAACAUCGUCCUGGCCGUUGGAGAUAUGCUCAUUUGCUUUAACAACAUUGUCGGUGAGAAUAUCGAGCACAUGUACUAUCGCCUGUCGGACCGUUCGCUCACUGUCCGCAAGAACACGCUGAUGGUCCUCUCGCAUCUGAUCCUCAAUGGAAUGAUCAAGGUCAAGGGCCACAUCGCCGACAUUGCUCUGCUCACGCUGGAUCCUCAUGGCGGAAUCUCCUCCCUGGCCAAGCUCUUCUUCUCCGAGCUGGCCACCAAGGAUAAUUCCAUCUACAAUAAUAUGCCAGACAUGAUCAGCAACCUGGCUCUCGGGAACCGGAAUCUCCCGGUCGAGGACUUCCGCAAGGUGGCGCGCUUCCUGUUGAGCUUCGUCACGCGCGACCGGCAGGCGUCGAACCUGGUGUCGCGCCUGCGUGCCCGGGCGGCCACCGUGGCCACGGACCGCCAGCGCGAGGACCUGGCCUUCUGCAUCAGCCAGCUGGUCAAGGACAAGGCUGCGGCGGAUGAGAUCAUCCGGUCGCUUCUCGGAUCGACCGACGCGAUGGCUGAGGCGGCCGAUUCCACCGAGCCAGCCGUGCUGGACCCAGUCACUGGGAGUCUCGACGCCGCUGCUGUCCCGGAUGCCGAGACUGAUGUUGGUCCGGCUGCCGGGCUUGCUCUGCCGCUGGUGGAGCCUGGCUCGGGCGUGAGUGACCCGGACAUCGGCAUCGAGCAUGGGCCCGGCAAGAAGCCCAGCCGGUCAGUGACAAUCAUCUCGCCGAUGUCGGAUGAUGAUGAUGACGACGACGACGAUGACGACUCCUCGAGCUCUUCCUCCCCGUCGGACUCGGACUUGGACUCGGAGUCGGACUUGGACUCGGACGCCGAGCCCGGACUUUUGGCCUCCGCCCCGCACCCGAUGUCCCCCUCUUUCAUGGGCAUUCGCCGGGUGCAGGGCCUCGGCUCGCCAGUGCCUGUUACCCCAGGCCGCGGAUCGGAGGCCAUUGCCUCGGCGGCCUUCUCCUUCCAGGCUCGCUCGGCCGCUGCCGGGAGACGCGCCCCCGGGCUCGGCGAGUGUCCGUCCACAAUGCAGCUUCUCCAUAGCCCGGCCAAUGGGCUGGCGGCUGGUUCACCGCAAACUCCGCUGGUUGGCGGUGCGCACCUUCUGGAGGCUGGCCUCCUGUCCCCAGGGUCGGGAUCAGUGCGCCGGCGUCUGCGUGAUCCGGAGUCUCGGCAGAGCAUCCUCAAUUCCGGCGGUCACCGCCGGAAGCGGCGUCUCCUCGAUCACUCGCCCACCACCACCGAGGAGGAUCCGGACGACCAGGCCAUGCGCUCGGCCGAGAGCGACGACGAGGAGGAUGCCAACUAGCGCAUCCGGCCGCAGUGUGAAGGAGAGCACCCCACCGGGGCGCCUCUUUUCCCCUCCUCGACAUGGCAAAAUAUACACACAUAGAUUUCCA